CCUCUGUCAGUCAGUCGCUCACAAGCACUCGAGAGUGGCGUGCGUUUCGUCCAUAUCCCCUCUCGAGCCGUUAUGUGUCGUACUUCGAAACAAGUUUGACGGGAAAUUCGUAAAGUUUCCCGAGCGCGCCCGGACUAACGUAGCGAUGAGCGCGAUAAUAGCGAAACAAACAGUGACGAUUUGAAUAAAGUGACAGUUAAAGUGAGUUAUUCGAGAUGUUAUCGAUGGGAUUAUUGGCUGUGUGGUGUGCGGCGUUUUGGAUGUGGUCGGGCGCCGACGGGGCGUCGCUGACGAGCCGGGUGGCGGAGGCUCCGCAGGAGUGCGAGUGGCAGCGCGUGUCGGGCGCCGCCGGGGAGCCCACGCGCGUGCAGCUGGCGUGCUCGCUGCGCACCGCGGCCGGCGCCACCGAGCUGCUGGCCGGCCUCACCAACUCGCAGGCGCAGCGCAUCACCGCGCUCGACCUGCACUGCACCGACACCCUGUUCUUCGAAAGCUCCCUGGACGUCGGACGAAGAAAAGAGGAAGGAACUGAACUCUUAUCACGCUUCCACAAUCUGAAAGAACUCAGAAUAGAGUCCUGCAAGAUCCGAUAUGUACCCUCCGCGGUGCUGUCGCCGCUCAGUGGCCUCCGAAGCCUCAGCAUCCGGACUCACAACACUGACUGGUCUGCGAUGUCUAUGGAAUUCCAUCGGGACACGUUCAGAGGCCUCACUGACCUGAGAAGUUUGGAUUUGGGUGACAACAACAUCUGGGUCUUGCCAUCUGAAAUAUUCUGCCCUCUCUACAACUUGAAGGAACUGAAUGUUACUCAAAACCGAUUGCAAGACAUUUCAAACCUUGGAUUUUCCGACUGGGGCAAUGGUCCAACUGCACCCGGCAAAUCGUGCAAUACCGUGCUAGAGACGCUGGAUAUGUCGCAUAAUGAAAUCAGUGGCUUACCAGAUAACGGUUUGUCAAGCUUGCGCGCGCUCCAGAAACUGUUUUUGCAAAACAACAGGAUAUCGAAUGUGGCGGAUAGAGCUUUUGUGGGACUGAAUGACUUGCAAAUACUGAAUUUGUCUACCAAUGCACUGACUGCACUCCCACCUGAAAUGUUUCAGUCAUCGAGGGAUAUCAAACAGAUAUACUUGAACAAUAAUUCGUUAAGUGUUCUCGCGCCUGGACUUCUCGAAGGAUUAGAUCAGUUGCAAAUAUUGGAUUUGUCUGUGAAUGAGUUGACUAGUGAGUGGAUAAACAGAGAUACGUUUUCGGGACUAGUUCGCUUAAUAGUUUUAAACUUAUCGCAUAACAGAAUUACAAAAAUAGACGCGUUAUUGUUUCAAGACCUGAACAAUUUACAAUUCCUAAGUUUGGAGUUUAAUAAUGUAGCGCGCAUUGCAGACGGAGCUUUUUCCAAUUUGAAAAAUCUUCACUCUCUCUCCUUGGCUCACAACAACAUAAUUGAAGUAGACAGCAGUCACUUUUCAAACUUAUACGUAUUGAAUCAAUUAUUCCUCGAUGGGAACAGAAUUACAAAAGUUGACCUGCGCUCUUUUGAAAACAUCACCAAACUUCACGAUUUGGGCCUUAGUGGAAACCAGUUAUCCGAAGUACCGGAAGCCAUAAAGACGUUGAGAUUCUUAACUUCUCUCGACUUAGGCAUGAAUAGAAUAACUAAAGUGACAAUUUCACAUUUCGAAGGAUUAGAUGACUUGUACGGCUUGAGACUGGUGGGAAACAAAAUCGAGAAGAUAUCUAAGGAUACUUUUGCCGCUUUACCAUCUCUACAAAUACUGAACUUGGCUUCAAACAACAUAGAUCAAAUAGAUGAUGGCGCUUUUGCAGCGAACCAACAACUAAAAGCGAUUGGCUUGGAUGGCAACAAACUUGUCGACUUAAAAGGCAUAUUUACAAACACUCAACCUCUUGUUUGGUUAAACGUUUCUAACAAUGAACUGUUAUGGUUUGAUUAUAGCCACAUACCAUCCAACUUAGAAUGGCUUGACAUGCAUGAAAACAAAAUAGAAAAGCUGGAAGACACAUACGGCGUGAAAGAAUCGUGUAAUAUCAAAAUGCUAGAUGUUAGUUACAACAAAAUCAGAAGCAUUGAUGAAUUUUCAUUCCCAAGUAGCAUUGAAACUGCUGUAUUGAAUAACAAUUACAUUGAAAAAAUAAGUCCUGGAACAUUUCUACAAAAGUAUAAUCUUAACAAAGUUAUGCUUUACUCCAAUAAGAUAAAGACAUUAGAGGCGGCGGCUUUCGCGAUAUCAGCUGUUCCGGAGGAGAAAGAUUUACCCGAGUUCUAUGUAAGCGAGAAUCCAUUUGCGUGCGACUGUACAAUGGAAUGGCUGCAGAGAAUUAACCAAUUAAGUGACCCCAGGCAGCGCCCGAGAGUAAUGGAUUUAGAAAGUGUAAGAUGCUCUUUAACCCAUUCACGAACCAAAUCGGAUGUGCUCUUACUCGAAGUCAAAUCAUCAGAAUUUUUAUGCGAGUACGAUUCACAUUGUUUCACCCUUUGCCAUUGUUGUGACUUUGAUGCCUGUGACUGCAAGAUGACUUGUCCAGAUAGAUGCUCGUGUUAUCACGAUCUCACCUGGAACUCCAACGUGGUCGAUUGUUCCGAAGCCGGCUACGAUCACGUGCCGGACCGAAUACCGAUGGACGCGACCGAAAUAUACUUGGAUGGUAACGAUCUAAAAGAAUUGGGAAAUCACGUUUUCAUCGGCAAAAAGAGAUUACAAGUUCUAUAUCUCAAUAACAGCAACAUAAACACAAUACAAAAUAGAACAUUUAACGGGAUCGAUUCAUUACGUGUGCUUCAUUUGGAAAACAAUAACUUGGAGGUGUUAAGAAACACGCAGUUCACAAGAUUGCAAAACUUGAAUGAACUAUACCUGCGCAAUAACAAAAUAAAGGUUAUAGAGAAUGAUACAUUUAAUUACCUGCCCUCACUGGAAUACUUGGACCUUGACAACAACGGUUAUGUUGAUUACAUGCCAUGGAGAGUCAUUACCGACAACAAUCCUCGCACGCGUGUGUCUGUAGAUGGGAACAACUGGAUAUGCGAUUGUAAAGACGUAGCUCAGCUGAAUCAAUGGUUAAUAAAAAAAUCAAAAGAUACCGAGACCAUGAUGUGCUACUUUGCUCACGGGCAGCCAAUGAAUAAAACUAUUGCGACUGUAGCGAAGGAAUGUAAAACCGAGAUUACUACCGAAGAAACCGGGACGGAGACUCUAAAGCGAUUAUUCAUCGAAUCGAAUGACGGAGUCGAAAAUUACAUUCCAUAUAUCGCGGCGGUAUUGAUAAUAGUAAUUAUACUUUUAUUAAUGUGCGCACUUCUUUUUAUGUUCCGAGAAGAUUUCAAAUUGUGGAUGCAUUCGAAAUAUGGUAUUAGAGUAUUCAGUUCCACGCCUAAGGACAUGAAUGACAAUAAAAACAAGCGAUUCGACGCGUUUUUUGUGUACAAUCCCCGAGAUGAAGACUUCGUGACUCGUGCAGUGAGCUCAGGGUUGGAGAACUCGGGACAUUCAUUGUGUUUACAGCACCGAGACUUGCAACUGAUCGAGCGGCGAUCGGGCGAUAGUUUAGUGAGUGCAUCGGAAAGUUCAAAAAGACUUGUGAUAGUGUUAUCAAUAAACUUUUUACAGCAAGAGUGGUACGCGCCCGAGUCAAAGGCGGCCGUACAAAGUGCUAUCAACUCAGUGAACGUUAGACAUAGACGCCAGAAGAUAAUAUUUCUCGUAACGACAGACUUGAGUGCCAUAAACAUAGAUCCGGACUUGAAAGUGUUGCUUAAAACGUGUACAGUGAUAGUGUGGGGUGAGAGGAACUGUUGGGAGAAGCUAAAUUUUCGGUUACCGGAUGUGGACGUGACCCUGCCGAAUCGGACGCUUCAUAAUGCGAAUAAUAUGAAAAGUGGUAAUAGGGAAGGUUUCGGGCGUCACGGGAACUUGAGGUAUACGGCGCCGCCGACGUCCCACGACCCGUGGUACAAGUACGGGAUGGCUCCGCCGAUCCUGAUGAUGUCGAGCCCGAUGCAUUCGACCAGCGCGAGCGCGGAGGUGUCGGCGCGCAGCACGGAGGACGAGACGUGUUCAGUGGCCAGUAGCGAGGGCCGGCCCGACGACCGGCUCCCGCAUCACCAUAGCUACGUCUCCAUAGACAACCACCAGUGUGAGGAGCGGCCCCUAAGGCCCCCCCAACAAAUCCCCAUGUCAAACACUAGGCCUAGUAACAUGAGAAAGACUUACUUUGUGUAAUUGUAAAACUAAAAUGUGAUGUGUUUACGUAAACUGUAUAGGAUCUAAACCUUGUAUUGCAUCUCUGUUGUAAUGAAUGUAAGCUUUUAUAAAUUAGUUGGUGCUCUAAAUGCGAAAAUUUGAAAGCAUAAUGUUGAUGAACUCUUGAUUUUGAUGUACUAAAAGUACUUCUUGUGUUUAGGAGAUUCGCAUGUGUUGAUUUAUUAUAAUAUUUAUUUAUUGUACCUGUCUUCAGUCAUCGCAUUUGCCUAUCACUGCGUAUACUCAUAAGCAUUUAUGAUACCCACAGACAUUCCCUGAUUUUGUAUUUUCUAUGUGCAUGUGUAACUGUUACUUACUGUAAGAGGUUCCUGAUAAAAAACCUGAAUUAUGUAAUUACAGGAUGAAGUAAUGACUACUAUGUGAUAAUAUUAGGUACUUAUGUUAAAGACUACGCUGUAAAAUUAACUAGAAAUUGUAUAUUUGUACCAUAAUUUGUAAUAUAAUAUCGUUGAAGAACUGAACUGUACCCUAGUCAAUUGUAAAUAUUUAGAUUGUAAGUUUUUAGGUAAAAAAAUAAUUUUGUGAUGUAAUUUUUAGCUAGAACAUAAAAACGUAUUUAUUACGCUUCCAAUCACAGAGUAUGAAUAAAUUAAUU